AUGGAAGCAGUUAGCAAAGUCGUCAAUGCAGCCACAACCGCCCUUUGGGGUGAUGGCAGCACAGUCCAGCAGCAACACGGCGAAGAGCCCAUCGCCGGUGUUCAAGGCAAGGGCAACUUCAAUGACCCCUUUGAUGCCGGUAACCGCGAGGAACAACCCGACGCACCAAGCUCAGAAGGAAAUACCGCGCCGCAAGAGCCACGACUCGACGGCGCAAAGACAGAUCCUACUCGCAAAGACCUGGUCACGGAUACUAAGACCGACGACGUCGAUCUAGAAACGACUAGUCCCAGCGCUCCCAGCGCCCCCAUUCUCGUUCUGCCCACUCUGACGUCCUCCGCACUCUCUCCCGUUCCCGUCGCUGGGGGGCCAACGAGCUCGACACCAGCCGAAGCAGCGGCACCAUCAAGCUCGACACCAGCUGAAGUAGCGGCACCAUCAAGCUCAACGACCGCCAAAGCGGAUGCACCAUUAAGCUUGACGCCGGUCGAAGCAGGUGGAAGCAGUGCCGUCACCAGCGAGCCCAAGACUGAGCAGCGCUCCACUGAAACAAGCGAGGGACAGAGUAGUCAGACAUCUAAUGCCGCUGAUCGUGAGGUGAGCGAGGAGGCAUUGAAGGGUCCGCAAGGUCCAGUGCCCGCUCAUGCGGAGGACUUCGAGAAAGAGGCCAAGGGGAUCAAGCCUGCGAAGAAGGAGGGUGGUUCUGGCGAGAAUGAUUCGUCGAAGAGUACCGACAAGUCCUCUCAAGGGAGUGAGAAGGGGAAUGGGAAUGGGAAACAGAGUCCUUUGCAUAAGAUGAAGGAGAAGUUGAGCAAGGUUGCGCACCCGCGUCAUGGUAGCAACAAGGCUUAG